UUUUUCCGCCUUACUUUUUUUUCCCUCCUCCCUCCGCAAUAUUAUGAGGUCAGCGCAUGGGACGGCGUAGCCUAUGACGUAACCCACCCACUCCCGGACCUCCCCAGCCCUUACAAUCCAGACAGAAGAGGGGACGGGGCAGCCAAAGGGAGAGAAGUGGCAGUUGGUCUCUCCUCAGGAAGGGGGCGGUGGACGCGAGAAGACGAGAAAAGACCCGGAUGCCGCGGCCGCUGCUGCUGUGUGAGGCGGAGCGGGCCACGGAGGGAAGGAGUUGUGGAUACGGCGGCGGUUUGUCGUCUGGGGCCGGCUGAGGGGAGCGAGCGUUGCGGGUGGGGGCUGCGUCGACCUCGAGCUCCCCGGGUUGUUGCUUUUGUUUUUUGACGGAGUUGCGGCGGCGCCCGUUUCCCCUCAAGCCGCUGCCCGCAAGAUGGAGGUAGCGGGGCUGGCCGUGGCGCCGGCGGCGUGAGGCGGCGAGGGCCGCGGGGUAGGCGGCUCGCAGGGAGCCGGCGCGGCUGCGUGAGGGGCGGCGAGAGGCGCUGAGGCGAUGCUGUCGGUGUAUGGAAUGCUGCUGUCGGCUCUGCUGGGCUCCUGCCUGACGCUGCUGUGCCAGAUCCUGCUCUUCUACCGGAGGAAGCCCGAAGCCCCCGAGGGGCCGUCCUCGGCGCCCAGCACCGGCAUCUACACCACCCGGGCAGUGCCCGACACCAGCCUCAAGGAGUACUUCGCCGGCUUCGUUGGCGGCGGAGGGGUCCAAGAGGGGGCUGGCUCCCGCAGCGUGCCCCCCAGCCAGUCCCCUUCCAAAAAUGACCAGGGCACCCACCCGGACUCCUCCUCUAGCUCGGUGGUGGAGUUCACCGAGGAGACCCUCUAUUGGCUCAAUGCCAUCUGUCUCUUUCUCUUCAGGGAGCUCAAGGACACUGGCUUUGUCAGGCACUGGGUCACCAGGAAGAUCAAGGUGGAGUUUGAGGAGCUGCUCCAGACAAAGGUGACAGGCAAGGUGCUGGAGGGGCUCAGCUUGAGAGAUGUUGCCUUCGGGAACGUUGUGCCCGUUUUCAAGAACAUCAAGAUCCUGAGGCCGGUGACCUGUAGCGAGGAAGGAUGCCCCGAGGAACUAGACUUUGAGGUGGACGUUGAGUACAACGGUGGCUUCCACUUGGCCAUUGAUGCCGACCUUGUCUUUGGCAAGUCGGCAUAUCUCUUUGCCAAGAUCUCUAGGGUGGUGGGUCGGGUGAGGCUGGUUUUCACCCGCUUGCCCUUCACUCACUGGUCUUUCGCCUUUGUCGACGAGCCUGUGAUUGGUCUUGAAGUCAAGUCACAGUUCGAAGGAAGGCCCUUGCCACAACUUACUUCCAUCAUUGUCAGCCAGUUCAAGAAAGUCAUUAGGCGCAAACAUACUUUACCUCAUUAUAAAAUCAGGUUCAAGCCGUUUUUUCCAUUUCAAGUUGUGCCACCUGAAGAAUUUAGAGAUUGGAAUCUCAGUAUACAAAAUUUUUCACUAACUGAAGGACGACUGAAAGUUUCCUUAAUAGAAUGUUCAAGAUUACUUAUUUUUGGAUCCUAUGAGAGAGAAGUAUCUAUUCAUUGCACAUUUGAAUUGGGUGAAAAAGUUUGGGAAGAAAAAGAAAGAUCUUUUAUCAAGACGGCAGAACUAAUAAAAGGAAAUUCACAAAGUGUUGGACUCACUCUGCGCCAAAUACAAGUUAAGGAAGGUGAAACAGGGCAUGUUGUCAUUGAAACUAUCACACCGAACUCAGCUGCAGCAGCUGCUGAUCUUCAGAGAGGGGAUAGGCUUAUAGCUAUUGGAGGAGUGAAAAUUACAUCAACAAUACAAGUGCUAAAGCUCAUCAGACAGGCUGGUGACAGAGUCAUCGUACAUUAUGAGAGGCCUGUUGGCUAUAACCAACAGAAUUCAGUACCGCAAGAUAGUCUUGCACCAUUUGUAAACUCAGUGUUUCCAGAUGAGGAGACAUCAGUAGAUCUAGAAAACAAAGAACUAGAUUUACAAUUUGAGGAUUUGGCAAAUGAAUUAAAGUCAUAUGAACCCGGAGAUGAUUCUUCAACCAGUCCCAAGCAUACCACAGUGUCAUCUACAGCAAAACCACCUGGAACUGUAUCACCGCUACCAAGCCGCAAGGGACAUUUUGGAAGUCCUCAGGCAACUGGAAAGGCACUUUUCAGAGAGGCAGCCAAACAAGUGGUACAAAAAAAUUCUGAAAAUAUGGAUGCAACCCACCAAACAAACAAACAGACAAGUAAACCUCCUGUCCCACCCAGGCCACAGUUUAAAAUCACACCACUUCCUAAUGAAGUUCAAAAUACACUAGAAACUGGUGACUUAUCUGCUGAGAAACCAGAGAAGCAGCCACUUCCUGCAAGUAAUGGAGAUAAAAAUUCAGUAAAGCUAACAAAAAAUACUGAUAUAGAAGAAGAACCUACAGGAUCCAAAUUAGUUGUAAAUAAACCAGAAGCAGUUAAGGAGCCUUCCGAUUCCACACUGAAUGUUAAAGCAGUUACAAACAAACCAGCUGCAAACAAACCAGAAUUAAUGAAGGACGCUUCAGAAUCAUUACAGAGUCCCAAAGCAGUUACAAACAAAGCAGUUACAAACAAAUUAGAAACAGUAAAAGAACCUUCAGAAUCUUCACAAAGUUCUAGAUCAGCUACAGAAAACCAUAAUUCAUGGGAAACACCAGAAAUUCCUUAUCGCAAACGAUUAGGUAAAUGGACAAGGACAAAGACCUCUUCCUACAUAUUUGAAGUAGAAAAAGAGCACAAGUACCUAAAUGUUGCUGUUUGGUGUAGGGAUCCUUUCAAAUUAGGUGGGCUUCUCUGUUUAGGAUAUGAAAGCAUAAAACUUGAAGAAAUAGCUUUAGAUUGUAUAGCUACAUCCUCCAUGGAAUUCAUUAGACAAUUUAGAUUAAAUCCUCCUGCACCUAAAGCUUCAGUAACUAGAACUGCAUUGCGUAAUUUGAUUUCUCACAAAGGUUUCAAUGAAAAUUUUUGUUACGGUGAUAUUACUAUACAUUUUAAAUAUUUAAAAGAGGGUGAACCAGAAGACUCCAGUUUUCUCCUGGAAAAAGAAAAAGAAAAUAUUUCAGAAGAUGAAUCUGCUCCCAUUCUUCCCAAAGAGGAUCCUUAUUUUGGACAGAUUAUCUACACUGAAAACAAGCAUAAUUUUCAGGACACCCAGUUUCAGAAUCCAACUUGGUGUGAUUACUGCAAAAAAAAAGUUUGGACUAAAGCAGCAUCACAGUGUGUUGUUUGUGCAUACGUUUGUCACAAAAAAUGUCAAGAAAAAUGUCUAACGGAAAGCCCAUUUUGUUUAGGAGCCACAAGACGGCUUGAACGAGACCUUCGCACUUUUAAAUUUGAUAGCCCUGAUUCUCUAAGCGUACCAGCAUCUCGUGCCGAUACAGAAUUGAAAACUGCAAACAGAACAACAGGUUUAACAAGACAUAUCAUCAACACUAGCUCCCGGUUGUUAAAUCUUCGUCAAGUUCCUAAAGUUCGUGUUAGUGAGCCAGGGGCUGAUGUAGUAGAACCUUCGCCAAAGCACACGCCACAUGGUUCCGAUAAUGAAGGUAGCGACACAGAAACUGGUGGUCCAAGUAGCCCUUCCAAGCAAGCAAGUACAGGGAUAAAGUUAGCAAGAAAAGAAGGUGGAUUAGAUGAUAGUGUCUACAUUGCUGUUAAAGAAAUUGGUCGAGACCUUUAUAGAGGUUUGCCUACAGAAGAAAGAAUCCUAAAAUUAGAGGUUAUGUUGGAAAAACUACAGUAUGAAAUAGACCAGGAACUGGAAAAUAACAAUUCUUUAAUAAGAGAAAAGAAAGAAACAACAGAUACAAGGAAAAAAAUGCUAUUGUCUACUGCAUUGGCUAAAUCAGGUGAACGACUGCAAGCCCUAACACUCCUUAUGAUUCACUACAGAGCAGGCAUUGAAGAUAUAGAAGCUUUAGACCUGGAAUCCAGAAAAGAGGAUAAAUAUGAAGACGAAGAAAUGGAUAAUGAAGUUGAAAGUGCUCUAGUAAUGGAGCCAGUACUCGAACAACUACUAAAAGAAGGAGAGCUUGAAAGAUCUGAUGACUUAGUAGAUUGAUGUUGCACAUUUGGCCUUGAGAAUGAUAAACUGGGAAAAUACUUUGCACUUAAUCAAAACCACACCAGAUACAUUAAAAUGUAAUUAAACACUGGUAAAAUGUAUACAAGCUGCUUUUCCACAGGUGUUUUUUUAAAUCUCUGUAAGAGUAUAGUUAGAGUUUUCUUUACAAGUACAGUUCCCCUUUCUUGUUUUUUGUUGACAUAGCUGGUCCAAUUUGUGUUUAAAGAACAUUUUGGAAGUUUAUACUGGAAGAUUAAUUUAUUUGAACUUUUUCUAAAGUUUCAUGCUAAUACAGUUGUUUUAUUUUUUGUUCCGUUCCAUUAUUAAGUUUAAUGUUUUGAUUUUUAACUGCAUGCUGAAAUUUACAGCCAUGGGGACCAGGUUCUGAAGAUUUUGAUUGUGUCUCAUUAUUUGGCUCUUUGAUUUAUUUCCGAGCAGGGGUGUUUUGUUUUUUUGCCAAUCAUGCAUCAUAGCCAACACAGGCUUUAUUUUCAGUUAUUUAGUAAAGGUGUUACUACAUAUCAUGAUGCUUACUUUCCAUAAUUUUUUUCAGUCACAGAUUUUUGAAGCUUAAUUGACACUUGAAUACCUUUUUCCUUUAUGGGUUUAGCAGAAUUGUAAGCUGGGAGAGAAUUCUAAAACAUGUCUAGUUCAAAGCUCAAAUAAUUAUCAGUAGGUGCUCAUCUCCCCCUCUCUCCUUCCUUAAAGACCACAAACAUUCAAUUUUGCCUGAUCAUAAGCUGUACCAAUAUUGUAUAGCAAUUUCUUGGAAAUGUACCAGCAAAAGAUAUGUUAAUGUAAAAAUAGGUGGAAGCCUUAUAGAACAUAUCACUGUAAUAUUAUAAUGCAUAAAGACCUAUUUUUAAGUUGAGUUGUAGCUUUUUCUGUUUACCUAAGCAUUGAUUUUUCCACAAAAUGUAUGACUUUUGUGUGUUAAUGUUUAAAGGGUAAAUGAAAUGCUAAAAUAUCGUGAACAGAAAAAUGCUAGUUAGAUACCCAGCUUUUUAAUAUAGCAUGUGAGUUUCCUUACUGGUUCCUGGGCCCAACAGAAAUUGGGGACCUUUUUAAAUUUCUUUUUUAAAAGCCUCAGCUGGUCUGCUAAGAAAUAUAUUUGGGGGGGUUGACAUUUAUGUGUCAUAAGGCUUUGUUUUCCAUAUCAUUAUUUUAGGCCCUGUGCUAUAUAUACAAACACCUGUAGAAACUGGCAAAGCUAGCACACCUAAAGCCUCUUAUUUUGACAGACAAGCAAUCAGAUAUCCUAUUAUGUUGAAUCUGCUUUUCAGUUUGUAUAGGAGUGAUAACAACCUCUUCACAUCUUUUUGGCCUUAAGAAUAACCUUUUGCUUUUAAAAAAACAUAACUGAGCCGAAUAUUAAAUUAGAAUACAAUCCAUACUAGUAAAAAAGGGUACAGUUCUGCUCUUUUAAAAAAUUUGCUUCAUAACUUAUACUAGAUACUUCCAAAAAAUAAACCCCUCCAAAAGAGUUCAACAUUGUGUUUAAUAAAUUUUAUCUCUCAAUUUAUUUUCUGGGUUGCUUACCAACUGAGGUGGUUUGGAAUAAUUCUCCAUUAGUUUUUCGCUUGAGUCCAGGUACUGCCUUGAAACACUUGCUCAUUUGAGAAAACAGCUGCAAAAAUAAUAUAGGCAUUAGGUUUUUUUCAAAAUAAUACCUUAUAGUUUAUCAGUUAAUGAAACGGGCAUGAAAAGUUUGGUAUCAAUACUCUGCUAUGAUGAUUGUAUAAUAAAUUAAAUGUAGUGCAAUAUUCUAAAUGUUGCGUGAGAAUGGUGGCAAAAUAAUUGUAUGGUAGCAAGGGAAAACAUAAUUAUAACAAAGACUGAUCUUGAGAGGCAAGCUGUAUUAAUACAUUCCUAUUAUAUUCUUUGCUUCUGUGCUUUACUGUACAUAGCUGAAAAUAAAAAUGCCACUGAAAGCAAGGAUAUCUUGAUGUAGUGGUAUGUAACUACUUGACACUUGCACAUAUUUAUAGAAAGUCUGCCCAAGAUGAUUGUCAGACAUGAUUUUAUCAUGAAAACAAGCUUUAAUAAAAAUUUUAAAAUAA